UGUACUCGGUCCUGCCGCUGGGCUUUUCCAGAGCAUUCCUGCAGUGGUGGCACUGGAACGCCAUCGACUGGGGCAAUGUCGGCUGGGUCUACUUCCUCGCACUGACGCGCCUGUGCAUGCUGCUUGGUAUUGGCUUUGGCGGGCCACGCGCGCCCGGCCUCAAGAAUGCCUGAGCCUGAAAGGAGCCGUAGAUAGCGACCGUCGUUGAGCCAGGCUAGCAUCUUGUCACACAGAAGCCGCCGAAGCUCUUGCCAGUUCUGAUACACAUGAUCAUUUUCUAUGCACCUCUUCAUCACACCGUGCGCCACGUUCUGCAUUCGUCUGCCAUGUACCCGUUCGGCAAGCCAACCGAGAGGCCCCGAGCCUGAGCGUGUUCUGGCGGGUGCCACAAGAUCUUCUCAGCCGCUACCCCCAGACCCACCGUGCCCGCUAACCCAAACCGGCCCCAUCACAGCCGCCAUCCAGACGUCCUCGUCCCAGGUCACCAGUAUUCCAGAGAAUCCAGGACAUCCAGAAGCCCGCCGAAGCUGCAAACACCGGCACCACGCACGCAACCGCGCACCCAGUUCCGCUCGCACACGUCGCCGCGCCCAUUGUCCGCGCCCCGGCGACCCAAACCCGCCCGCCCGACCAAGCCAAAAGCAAUCCUGCGCCGCUCCCAACCAAAUUAAACAAAGAAGCAAUCCCGCCGCCUCGCAGCUGCAGGAACGCGCUCCUGUGCACCGUGCCGUCUGGGCCCUCGCAGCAGCAUGCGAUCCAGCUUCAGCAACAGUAUGUAUUUGCAUUCCACCGCCGUUGCACGCACGCACGUCACGUCACGCCGUGUCGCACUGUACCUUCCCUCCCCAGCGCCGAUGUAAGACAGACGUAAGUAUUACCGCCUGCUCAGCCGCACCCCUUACCACUCCCACCCUCCCUUCCGCACCCAACCAACCAGCCAACCACACGCCCUGCAGCCCGCCGAGAAUAAACACAGCACUUCGCCACCCAUGCGCCUCGCCACCUUACUCAGCCCUCGCCUUCCAACCCAUGCUUCCACGCCUUCCAUCCUUCGGCGCUAAGCCGCUAGAAGACGCUAGCGCCCAACCCGGCGACCUGCCCUGCGUCCGCUCGCGUGCGCGCCGGGAUCGCUACGUCACGGCUGAGAAUUCUCGGUGCAGAGGCUGCGCGAGCGAGGGGGGUUGUUUCAUUGAGCUGCUAGGGCGGGUUGUAACUUUCGAACGAGCCGUAGACGAGUCGUAGAUGAGUCGUGGAUGAGUCGUAGACGAACCACGAUGAACUAUGAUGAACCAUAACGAACCACAACGAACCAUAAUCAGCGGCACCCACCGUCGCCCUCCGCUCUCUGCAAAGUAGGUACACCCGACCCCCGAUCCAGCACUGCAUUGCCCGAUACUGCGCAGCCGUGAUGUAACGCCCCGGUCUGCACUGCACUGCACUGCACUGCGCUGCAAACCCCACACCCCAUCCCAUACCAUCCAUUAUCCACGCAGCGCACCCACGCAGCACACCCACGCUCACGCUCCACCCCCAACCACGGUA